AUGGUUGGUUUACAGGAAAGUCUUGAAUUAGUGGACGAUUCUGCUUGGAUUCUCGUACACAUUUUCUCUUUCCACCUCGCCGAUAUAUUUGAUAUAGUUAAAUAUUGGCUGGUGAAAGUUCUUGUAAAGCUUCUGGACUUUCGAGAUGAAAGUCUUUGUGAGAAGGAUGUGCUGGUAGUGGGAGAAAUUGUUGCCGAUGAUUGUUAUUGUGUUCUUAACCAUGGCGCUUUGACUACUUUGAUGGACAAGUUAAAGGAGGCUAACAACAAUUUUUCGAUGCAGAGAAAAGCCACAAGGACUUUGUCACUCAUUUUUAAAAGCAAGUCGAUUCUUCCAUCUAAGCAAGUUACUUCAGUAGUCUGUUCUCUUUUAGAGCUUCUUCAUUCAGAUGAUGAUGAGCACUACAAUAACUGGGAUAUUUAUGACCGGCUGGUUGGACUCCUCCGGCACGAGUCUCGUUCAGUAAUAAUCCCCAUCCUCAAAAUAGUUAUAAGUAUUAUUCGAAGAGAGAAGAGCUGUUCUAAUAAGACUGUGAUUGGUAAGUCAUACCCUGUUCGAGUAGAAAAAAUCAUUUAUGUUAUUGUCGCAACAAUUAAUAUUGUUAUUGCCAGUGGGAAUGAUGCUCAUAUCAAGUACUUGGUGGAUGUCUCCUGCAUAGAGGUUAUGUGUGAUAUUAUUGUUGCAUGCCGUAGUGAACAAUAUAUGAGGGACAGUCAUGAAAAAUUAGAGAAAAUCUUGGAGGUUGGGGGAAAAGAUGCUCCGUCUAUUGAUUAUGCUCGCCGAAUUGAAAAGAAAAUUAAAAGCAUUCACGCUUUGCCUAUACAAAUACAGGUCUAUGUUGGAGAAGCAGAAGCACUUUUUGAGAAGGAGAAAAAAGUAACUGGGAAACUGGUAUUAGAGCUUAAAGUUAAGCAGGAGUGCUCUGAUAAACUGGUAUCAGAGCUUAAGCAGAAGAACUCUGAUAAACAAGUACCAGAGCUUAGCAGGGAGUGCUCUGAUAAAUUGGUAUCAGAGCUUAGCAGGGAGUGCUCUAAUAUAAACUGGAAUCAGACUUAG